AUGACUCUCACUCUCAGGCCUAUCCCGUGCUCUGAUCCGACCUUUGUACCUGGUCGUACCCUCGCACUGCCUCUUUAUGACUUGCGUGCACCACCUGACCAUCCUUACGUGCAGAUGCCAUACGCAUACUCAGAGCUGGUACAGCUCGAUCAGGCCAACUGGACUCUGCGAGUGUACGAUUUGCCCGUAUGGGAAGCAUAUCACCGUGGUGCCAGUUCGGGUGUGAGUGUCUGGAAACGCUGCAUCAUCUAUUUGCCAAGUGUAGUCGUUUCGUGGAAACACGCAGUACAACCACCAGAUCAAAUAACCACUGUGUUGGCGACAAAAAUAGCGCACGUAUGGCACGUUGCAAGUAUUUGUUUGGCAGGGCAAAUCUGGGGGAUCUACAAGCGUACUAUGAAUCCAAUGGUCCGGAAGGCUGAAUGCUUUGACACUAGUAGCGGGCAACCACAAGUGGAAUUAUUAUCCAUUUCGAGCAUGACAGUGAAGACCCUUAAACAUUACUGCCGCACCUUCGGUCUCAAGGUCUGUGCCAACAAAAGUGUCCUCCAAUCUCAGCUGGAGAAGUUCAGUAAGGACCAAGACCAGUGGGACAGGCUUCGUCCAGGCAUGCAUCGACCACACAAGGGCAGUCACACUGCCACUAUCGGAGGAGGUAAGAAAAAAACAAGCCAUCUGAAACUGUCAGCACAGCGUCUUGCAAAACUCCGUGGUGAUGGGGAACCAAAUGCGACAGUCCAUGAUGGACACAAUACAGUUGAGCAUUCAAAGGAUUUGCGCACUCCACAAGAGAUUAGUGAGAUCUUUCCAUGGGCACAAGCCAUCAUCGCAAAGCACCCAUACAGGCCUGAGUCCUCAGUAACCACCAGUGAGACUGCACCAACUAGGUCUGGGAGUGGUGGAGUAUUCCUACCUCAAUUGCAGACCGAGAGCACAAUUUCCUCAAUCACAUCAGAGGUUCGGCUCCCUAACUGGGAGGUUGGGAGACGGGGAUACGGGGAUACGGGCGGGGCAUCUAUUGAUAAACUAGUCAAUAAGGUUGUGAACCCGGCAACCAAGGAAUGGGAAAGACGUACCACCCCAAAGGCGAUGGAACCUGUUAAUCAGGUUGCACCAAAGUCUUACAUUGGCCAGGCCCUUGGGCGCCUGGAUAAGAAAUGCCCGGACGACGGAUACAACUCGUCGUCCAGCUCAGAAUCGAGCUCGUCCAGCUCGACGAGUUUGUCCAGCUCAAGGGAUGAGCGAGCCCGUGAGCGGAGACUUAAGAAGUCUGCAAAGAAACGCUCAAAGAGUAAGAAAACUACAUUGAAACCAAUAGCACCUACCACCUAUGAUGGGGCUGUUGACUCCCGGGCCUUCCAUCGCUUCAUAACCGAAGGAACGGCCUAUGUGAAUGAUGGGAAUGUCCGGUCCAAAAAGAAGGUCUUUGUGCUUUCGCACUUCCUGAAAGGGAGAGCUCAUGAGUUCUACAUACGAGAGAUAUCCGGCGACCCCUACCGUUGGCGAUUGCGUGAAUUUUUUACGGAAAUGUUCAACUAUUGCUUCCCUAUUAACUUCCGGACGAAGCAGCGCGAAAAAUUGAAGCGAUGCUUCCAGAACGAGAAGCCUGUCCGAGACUACGUGUAUGAACUCAACGAGCUCUGGAACAUGAUUGGUGAUGUAGACGAGCGUGAUCGCGUGUCCAGACUGUGGACGGGUCUGUCAACAGAGAUCCAACGGGAACUCUGGAAGAAAGAGCUCAACCCGGAGACCUCAUCUUUCAAGGAGGUACAAUCUGCAGCCGAGAUCAUUGAGAUUGCGCACUCCGUCCCUAUGGGAAGGGACAAACAAUCUGGGAACAGGGAGAAGUCAGUAACGGCCUUAACGGCCAAUGCAUCUUCACCGGUCCGAGGUCCAAGACAUCGAGGAACUAACCCACCUCCAAAACGAGGCCGGGAAAGACCAGUGGGUGGAAAGCGUUGGGGAGCUCGACUCCCAGAAACAAAGAGCGCCACGAAAGGACCCACUGUCAAAGGAAUAAGCCCUGAAGAGCGGGAGCGCCGUCGAACGGAGGGCAGAUGCUUCAUCUGUGGUGAAUUAGGGCACGUUUCGCGACAGUGCCCAAAGAACACGCACCUCAAAUCUGAUUCACCCGGUAAACCACCCGGGAUACCCAGCUUUGGUGUACACGUGGGCACCAGUGAUGAGGACCGCAUGAGGCGGCUGGCUGAGGUGUCUGAACCUUCAGACAACCUGUUUGUAGGGUCCGUGGGCUUGUUCAUGGAAGGCCCAUUUGAAAUGCCCUCCGUGGACCCCCAGGAGGACGAGCCAAGCGUACGGUUCCGAGACCCGGUGGCUCGUAGAGCCGAGGACAUCCUGCAGGGAAUGCACUUUCCCUGGGAUGACAACCGAAAAAACGAGCAUCUUGUGGCAUGGAACGACCCAGAUCGGUUCUGGGUCGCCAAGCACAAGAAGAGGGACUGGUAUGUCGUAGAGGACUACCACCACCACGGUUCUGGGAUUGAACACAUGUGGGAUGGUACUUCAGUAGUGGUCUGCAAGGAUGGGAUAAAUGUUUGUUAUACAAACGAGAGCGGCAACGCUCGAACAAACGAUGGCCUAUGGGUACCCCCAUCGAGGAUCGUGUUGAAUGGUGGUUGGAGGAGUACCUAG